AUGGCAACAAAUAACGAACAAGCUGUUACAUAUGCUGCUCUUAUUCUCGCUGAUGACGGUGUAGAAAUUACUGCAGAUAAAUUACUAGCAUUAACAAAAACAGCCGGAAUUGAAAUUGAACCAAUAUGGGCAAAUUUAUUUGCCAAAGCACUUGAAGGCAGAAAUGUUAAUGAUUUAUUGAUGAAUAUUGGUGCCGUAUGUUAA